AUGUCCUUCGCUGGAAAAUACGACAUCAUCAUCAUCGGCGCAGGCGUUGCUGGAGUUAAUGCCGCAUAUCGAAUACAGAAACUGCUAUCUGACCACACAUAUGUUAUUCUCGAGGCCCGCGAUGCUGUCGGGGGGACUUGGGAUUUGAUGCGCUAUCCUGGGGUCCGACUCGACUCCGACAUGUACACAUUCGGAUUUACAUGGUACCCCUACCAUGGCCACAAGAUUAUGCUAGAUGGACAAUCACUCCGAAAUUACGUUGACAAUGCUUCGACGGAGCACGGGAUUCACAACCGCAUUCUCUUCAACCAUCGAGUCACGACAGCAAGUUGGUCGUCUGACGACCAUGCCUGGACUUUGGGAGCUACGGCUGACGAUGAGAAGCACUGUUUCAGCGCAAGAUAUGUGAUUUUCGCGACAGGGUAUUUCGACCACACUGAGCCAUUGCCCGCUCAAAUCCCUGGUCUCGACCAGUUCCAAGGAACAGUGAUCCAUCCGCAGUUCUGGCCCGAAGAUCUGGAUCAUUCAGAGAAAAGAAUUGCUGUCAUCGGCAGCGGAGCGACGGCUAUAUCCCUUGUCCCCAAACUCGCAGAGACCGCGUCCAGCGUUGCGGUCAUCCAGAGAAGCCCGAAUUACAUUUUGUUCGUUGACUUACCGGGGGCUAAGUCCUUGUUAACGAGAUUCUUGCCGACUCCAGUGGCUCACAAGCUCAGGCGUCUGUGGUGGCUCCUCGUCACCUUGAUCGGUUACUACGCAUCUCGCCGAUGGCCUCAAUAUGCAAGAGACUACCUGCUGAGCCGGGUCAGAAAAGAGCUCCCAGCUCAUGUCCCUCUCCAGCCGCACUUCCAACCCACAUACAAUGUCUGGGACCAACGGCUCCUAGCAUGUCCCAACGGAGAUUACUUCCACAGCAUGCGUGGCGGAAAGGUCAGCACUGAAACAGCAACCAUCCAGGACUGUACCGCAGAUGGCCUUCUCCUGGACAAUGGGAAAGCUGUCGGUGCAGAUAUCAUUGUCACAGCAACGGGGUUGAAACUCCAGAUCGGAGGUGCGAUCCGACUAGACAUCGACGGGCAGAUGUGUAAACUGUCGGAUAGAUUCAUGUGGAAUGGGAUGAUGCUCGACGGCGUCCCGAAUGCUUUCUUCGCUCUCGGGUAUCUCACGAGCGCGUCCUGGACAAUGGGAGCGGAUGUGACGGCUGUGGCCGCCUGUCGAUUGAUCACGCACAUGAAACGGACGGGCAGUGUAGCUGCCUUACCUCGUCUACAUAAAUGGUCAGAUCUGGCUGUUCGCCCACUUUGGGACCUGAACUCAACAUACAUUGCGGCCGGUAAAGGGGGCAUACCUAAAGCAGGAUCUGUCGGGCCCUGGCGACCUCGCACGAAUUAUUUGUUGGACUACUUUCAUGCCAAGUAUGGCUCUCUCACGGGGGGUUUGGAGUAUGUUGAGGCCAGCUAA